AGUCCCGGAGCGAGAGCACACACAGCACAGCGAGCCAUGCGAUACACUGGACUAUUUAUAACGCUGCUUUCUUUCGUUUAUACAUGGGAGAGUCUGGAGGCUUUACCUCAUGUGAUGCGCUAUGAUGUGGUCCGGCUUCAGGCAUUGAGAGGGAGAACCAGAAGAAGCGCCUCUUCCCUCCAGAAAUAUCCUGAGCAACUUGAAUAUGAUGUGGCUAUAGAUGGGAGAAACUUGACAAUAUCUUUGCACAGAAAUAGAGAACUUUUAGGGAAACAAUACACUUUGACACAUUAUGGCGAAGAUGGGAUUUCCGAGACAAAGUCAUCAAACAAAUUUAAUCACUGCUACUAUCAUGGACACAUCCAUAAUUUUGAAGAUUCCUCAGUCAGCGUGGGACUUUGUUCUGGAAUGGAAGGAUUUCUGAGAGUGAACGAUCAGGUUUAUUUGAUAGAGCCCUUGGAAGAGUCUUUGGAUGGGGACCAUGCUAUUUACAAGCAAGAGCAUUUAAGGACCAAGCGAGGGGCCUAUGGAUACAUUAAUGACACAGUCUAUGACCUUGGCCCAAAGUCUAGUGGGCUGUAUAAAGGAAAAAAUAUGAGAAACAAAGCCCCGAGAGGAGGACAGCAGAUCGUUGAGAUGGUUUUAGUUGUUGAUAAUACAGAGUACAAGAAGUUUGGAAGUUUUAAGAAAAUAGAAGAAAGAAUGAUGCUGGUCGCAAACCACGUAGACAAGCUUUACCGGCCUUUAAACAUACGUGUCAUGUUGGUUGGACUGGAGGUUUGGUCUCAAAGAGACUUAAUUGAUGUCAGCAGUAGGCCAAAUCUUACUCUGGAACGGUUUUUAAAAUGGCGUCGCGAUAGCCUGCUUCAGAGGAAGAAACAUGAUAAUGCCCAUUUUAUUACUGGUAUUGAUUUUGAAGGGUCCACAGUUGGGUUGGCUACAUUAUAUGCAAUGUGCUCUUCUUCAUCCUCUGGUGCUGUGAAUGAGGACCACAACAGCAAUCCCAUUGCAGUGGCUUCUACAGUUGCACAUGAAAUGGGACAUAAUCUGGGAAUGUCACAUGAUGAUUCAAGCUGUGGAUGCUCCUCUAACAAGGGCUGCAUUAUGGGAGAUACCAUUGGGUCUAUUUACCCAGAUUCAUUCAGUACUUGCAGUCAGUCAUCUUUAAAGGCGUUUUUGGAGAACUAUGACACCAACUGUCUAAUAGAUGUGCCAAAUGAGGGUCAGAUAUAUGGAGGUCCAGUUUGUGGAAAUGCCUUCGUUGAAAAAGGCGAGGAGUGUGACUGCGGAACUGUUGAGGAAUGCAACAACCCCUGCUGUAAUGCCACCACUUGUCGACUAACUGAAGGUGCCCGUUGUGCACAUGGCGAGUGCUGCCACAAUUGCCAGCUGAAACAUACAGGCAGCCUGUGCAGAAAAAGUGCUCACGACUGUGAUUUGGACGAAUACUGUACAGGAGAGUCAGCUUUCUGUCCUGAAGAUGAUUAUAAGAUGAAUGGACUCCCCUGCAAUUAUAAUCAGGGAUACUGUUACAACGGACAAUGUCCAACACACAAGGAACACUGCAAGAUGCUGUGGGGAUCAGGUGCUGAUGUGGAUGAUGACGCCUGCUUUCAGUAUAAUGUGAUUGACAGAACCUCCAAAAGCGCUGAACACCGAAAAUGUGGGAGAAUAUACUGUUAUGGUGGGAAUCCUUUUCCAAAAACCAACAAAAAAGCAAAUGUAAAUGUUCAAUCAAGAACCUGCUACAUGGCUUUGGAUUCAUCACCCACAGAAGACUUAGGCAUGGUUCCUACAGGCACCAAAUGUGGCACAAAUAAGGUGUGUUACAAAAGCCUUUGCCUCGAUAUCAGUAUGUACGGCACUGAGAACUGCUCGAAUAAAUGCAACAAUCGUGGGGUGUGCAACCACGAGUUGAAGUGUCACUGCGAUCCAGGCUGGGCACCACCCUAUUGUGAUAUUCAACUCUCAGAACUUCACAAAAUGAGAAAAUCUGUGGUUAUUGGUGUUACUACAUCUUUAGCCAUCCUUGUGCUGAUCAUUAUUAUUGGAGCGCUGGUGUAUAACAGAAACAAAAUAACAGAAUUUAGAAAGAAAAGGCCACAGAAGGGCAUCCACUCUUCUUCAGGCCAAUGCAAUCCUGCAUUUCAACCAGGAAGCGCAAAGAACAGCCCCAGAAUUGCACAGCCACGUAUCAGUCAACCAACUUUCCUUGAGUCGUCUGCUACUCAGGCCUGUAAACCUCUUCGGUCUGCGGCUAUGCCCUGUAGACCAGCACCAAUGCCUCCAAAGAAUGCACCACAGACCAGAAAUGAACAGAUAAUGAAGCCUCCUGUACCACCUUCUGCCAUUUCCAAAAAUAUUUAUCCUCCUCAGGCAAAACCCCUACUGCCAGCAGCUAAACCCCUGCCUCCUUCAAGACCAUUACCACCACUGGCAUCUAAAGCUGUGACUAAAUCCAAAUCACCUCCAGUGCCUCCUGUGAAACCCAGCGGGCCUCAGCCAGUAUUCACUCCACCUCAGGUAAUCCAGAAAGUUGCACUGAAACCUCCAGCGUGGCCCAGAUGAUCUGGAGCAGUAUGAGUUACUAUGAAUCACUGGGAGCCUCAGAAGAAGCGGUUCAUGAGCUGAACAAAGCUCUUUCUUUGUGGUGUGGCUCUGAAUAGUAAGAUGACGUUAAGGAAGGGAAAGAUGGUGACCGAAUUUGCACUCAAGGAAUCACUCACUUUACUGAUUUGGUACGAUUUGUUUGUACUGUCGUCUGCUGAAUUUUGUGCUUUCUUUAUUAUCUAUUUAUUUUAGGCUAUUUUAAUUUUAAAGAAUGUUAUUCAGCUGUUUACAGUCAGCAGUUUCUGACUGACUCCAUGUAAGUCUACUAAGUGAGAAAGGAAAGAGUCUGUCAUGCAGUAUAAAAGUGUGUUCAUUCAUGUUUCUGAAACGUCAUGUAUUUGGCAUUUUAUAUCUUUAAAUUGAAAUCUUAUUUUCAUUAUUUUAGGUAAUUUCUUGUAAUUUCAACAUACUUUAUCUAUUUGGUCUUGUUUACCUCAUUUCCUUUUUACAAUAUUUAACUUUCAUACGUUUUUCUUGUGAUCCUUUUGCACUCAGACUAAGGCAAACAUUUGUUUUGCCCGCCUAAUGUUUAGACUUCAAGUUUGCAAUGAUCUCAGCUGGGCUGAUUUUACUCUUUAAAUGUGAGAAUGCUCUCUUUUUUAUUCUGUGUACUGUAAUAAACUUUUUCACGUUUCUCAAAA